GCCGGCUGUACCACGUGUUGCUGCGGGAAGAUGGCGGCGCCCAGGCUGUGACGGCGUGAGAGGUCUGAGACAUGGAGGAUAGAGUGGGAUCGGGUCCUGGCCGGCACCGGGCCGCCAACACGUUCCGGUUUCUCACCUUUUCUGAACGAUUGGCAAAUGUGAAUAUUGACAUAAUCCAUCGGAUCAACAGGACUGACAGCCAUGAUGAGGUGGUUGAAACCUAUUUCCAUGAAGGCCUGGAGAAAUGGCGAGACCUGAACUGCACAGAACAUUUUGUUAAAUUUCACAAAGAAGUUUUGGGAAUAUCCCAGUCUUUCAAUCAGCUGGUCUACCAUCAGAAUGCAGUGGUUGAAAGCUUGAAGAACCAUCUUCAAAUCAAGAACAGCAUGGCCUAUCAACCGUUACUUGACCUUGUGGUACAGCUGGCUAGAGACCUACAAACUGACUUCUAUCCUCACUUCAGAGAAUUCUUUGUGAUAAUCACAUCUCUGCUAAACACCCAGGACACAGAGCUGCUGGAGUGGGUUUUCACCUGCCUCUCCUAUUUGUACAAGUACCUCUGGAGGCUGAUGGUGAAAGAUAUAACAGACAUUUACAGUCUGUAUAGCUCGCUGUUGUGCCACAAUAAGGAACACAUCCGGCGUUUUGCGGCUGAAAGCUUUGCUUUCUUAAUGAGAAAGGUUCCUGAUCACAGUGGUCUUUUCAACGUAGUGUUUGCUGAUCUGGAAGAACACAGAUCGAAGACUGUGGGAGUGGGACAACUGCUCUUUGAAAUGUGCAAAGGCGUCCAAAAUACCUUCCACUCAUGUGCAGCCAGGAUUCUCCCCAUUAUCUUCCAAAAGCUGGGGCCCAUUACAGAGAGCAGUGUUGCACUCCCUUGGGAUGCAGUUCGGGAGGCAGUAGGUCACAUGGCCAAGUCGUGUGUCACCUACAUCUACAAGGAGCACUUUGACAUUCUCUGGAACUGUUUACAAAGCUGUGUCCUGGGACUGAAAGACAGAGUCGACACUGAGGAACAGCAAGUCUCAGAUCAAAUCCACCGCUUGCUGCAGAUAUACCUGGUGCUGCUGGAGCAUAAACAAGGCUCGAAGGUUACUCAACCCAGCAAUGUCUGUGAGACCCUGGUCCAGAUGCUGCAGAGCUCGCAGACUGACCUGCCUUGCCGUAGGACUCUGCUGAAGGGAGUCUCCACUCUGCUGACAGCUCAGAACAUCUCUCUGCCGAAAGUGCUGACUGAGGAAACUGCUAGAAAGGUUUUGGGAAGUGGACUGGAAAGAUCCUUGAUUCUGGAGUUCCUCGAGGAGCUGUUAGACAUGAGUGACUUUGAACAGCUCCUCCUGCCAAGCCUGAUGCAGUAUGUGGAAGAGAGUUUUGCAGCUGGUGACCUUGUGGCCAAGGAGGAGAUGCUGGGAUUUCUGGUGAAGCUCAUUCUGACCAAAGCCAAGCCCCCUACAGAUGGAUCAAUGGCCUAUGAAAAGUAUCCCCUCCUCUUCACGGGACAGACACGCCUGUCCACACGCUCAGGUGCGAGAGCGGGGAAUGGAGGAGCCUUGGAUUACGUCUUGUCUCUGCUGCGGUUCCUUGAAGAUGAUGGGGAAUCGGACCUGGAACGUUGCUGGGGCGCUCUCAUUAUACUUCCUCACCUCAGACCAUUAGAAGUGGAAGAUGUCUUGUCGCCAGUUCACUUGCUUCUUGAUCGCCUUCUGACUGCCUGUGAACAAAGCGAUUCCGUUAAUGAAGGGUGGAUGUACGUUUGCAGUCAAGCAGUCAGCACUCUUCUCAGCCUCACCGAGUCUUUGGAGAUUCUCAACUUCUUACCUGUAGAGCGAGUAAGGAACCUGAUAAAAAACUCACCGGCACACGUCUCUGUCCUCUUGCUGGGUGAUCUGUACUACACUCGGUUAACGCUAUGUGGCCGUAAAGACCUGGUUUCACAGGACAUGAUGCUCGAUCUGUACAAGGGACUACAACCAAAUCUUUCAUCAAGCAUUUCUAAGGUCCGGCUCCUGACGCUGAGGAUUCUGAAUCAUUUUGAGGUGAAACUGCCCAGUAGCCUGGAGGAUGACACUGGGGACCGCCAGCCUGUUUUCUCCACUUUACUCCAAGCUGAACUGGUCCCUGCAACAGUUCACGAUUACAGAGAGAAGCUGUUGCACUUGAACAAGCUGCGACACGAUCUGGUCCAGCUCUCUAUACCUGAUGGGCCAUAUCACGAGGUACCUCUACAGUACCUGAUCGGAAUGCUGUAUUUAAACUUCAGCCCACUGUGGGAUCCUGUGGUGGAGCUCAUUACUUCUCAUGCAUAUGGAAUGGAAAAUAAGACGUUCUGGCGUAUUUACUAUGAACACCUGGAUCGGGCAGCUGCUCUAGCCGAGAAAGAAUUAAAACGUGAAUUGGAAGAUGAGCCGAAGGCGAGUGUCACACUAAACUCUGACAGCAUUGCGACUAGUCGUGUGGGAGGAUUAUACCAGAGUCAGCUCCACUUGGCAACCAAAUCCAACGAGCGAACGGAUCACACCAACUUCCGGUUCUUGCUGUGGAAGGCCAUGUGCAGCUUUGCCGAUAGGGUAGAACCUCGGUCAAAGGAGCUCUCGCCUUUACUCCUCAGAUUUAUUAACAACGAAUAUUAUCCAGCGGAUUUAAUGGUAGCUCCCACUGAGGACAUCAGAAAGAAGAAAAGCACUGAUGACAAGAGAGCAGUUAGUGAGUCUGAAGACAGGGAUUUUGCCGAUGGUGAGGAGAUGACAAUACCUGCAGACCGCAGGAUUGCCGUGGAGAAGAAGCCCAGGAGAGCGGCUGUAAAACAAUUGAUUGCUCACCUGAAAGUUUUCUCAAAGUUUACCAACCCAAGGUCGCUGUACCUGGAAGGCAAACUGAAGGAGCUGUACACCCAGCUCCUGUGCCACCAUUUCCAGGACGUGCAGAAGAUGGCAUUGGAAUGUCUGCUCACCUACAAGCACCCACAUGUGUUACCUUACAGACAAAAUCUUCAGCGGCUUCUGGAGGACAAGAGCUUCAAAGAAGAAAUAGUUCACUUCAGCAUUGCCGAGGAGUCCACCAUUGUCGCAGCCGCUCACAGAACUGAGCUGAUUCCUGUCAUAAUGAGGAUUCUGUAUGGGCGGAUGAGGAGCAAAACUGGGAGCAAAACGCAGGGGCGUUCCGGCGCAUCAGCCCGUGUGACCAUCGUCCUCCACUUCCUGGCUGGCUCGCUGCCACAGGAGCUGCGCAUCUUCCUGGACCUGCUCCUCGAGCCAGUGAAGCACUUAACCGAGGGGUCCUGCCUGUCAGCGGUGCUACAGUCAGCCAAGUCUGUGGAUCUAUCCAGUGUUCUGCCCUUAGGGCGUCAGCAUGGUCUGCUGAACAACAUUGAGGUGCUGAUGAAAAAACUAGGCCACCUCAUCAACGACUACCUGCCUGAACUGCUUCAGAUCCUGCUGUGUAUAACUGCAUCUGUGUCUCAGAUGCUUCAGCUGAGGGACCAGAUCAAGCCAAGGUACAUCACCCUGCUGAAACACCUGAGGCGUUUGGGCAUAGAUCAGAUCGCUGCCUUCUUUACCAGCUUUGACUCGUAUGCUUUCACAGCAGACGAGAUUGAUGCAGUGUUCCAUAGCACAGUGUGGCCACAGAUCAGCCGGCUUCCCUCAGAAGGACAAUACGCACCAACUUCCCUCCUGAAGCUAAUUCAUAUCUGGAGUAAGAAUUCUAGGUUCUUCCCUCUCCUCGGCAAGCAGCUUCCCGAUCACCCAGAGUGUGGUGUUCUCACCAAUGUCUUCAGCUUGCUCUCAGCGAAGACUGUGGCAGAGACAACAGCCUCACUGGUCAUGGACAUCAUCGACAGUCUCCUGAGCACGCCGGACUUCGUAGCGACAGCAGACGAGAGUGCCCUCACUGUGAAAGAUGUGGCCUUACCUGCGCACUCUGCCACAGCAGAAGACGCUCCAAGCAAUGGGACUCUUCUUAUUCUGCCUCAUAUUUCCAUGAUCCUGCAACACCUCAACAAGGCUGUCAGGAAUGUAGAACGCAUGAAGAAGAAACAGUUCCAGGCACAAGUCAGCAAAGACCUGAGUAUCUUGUCAAGAAUCAGUAGAUUUGUACAAGACAAGGAUCAGAGCUCUGUUCUAAUCAACCUACUGCUGCCAUAUCUCUUCAAACCUAAUAGCUCACAGGACACAGAGAUCGACAUUCUGCAAACCAUCCAGAACCUCCUACAACACUGCGCAGAGCCUUCCAGUUUCCUGAAGCCUUUGGGUACCCUCUUCUCCGUCAUUCAGAACAAGCUGUCCCGUCAGAUGCUCUGCUCAGUCGUUCAGAGCCUGGCAGAUCUGGAUGGGACUCUAGCUUACGUUACAGAAAUAGUCACCAAGUUGAAUGCUUUUGACCGACGACACCUGGAUGAUAUUGACUUUGACGUGCGUCUGUCUGCAUUCCAACUGGCCACCAGCUCGAUCCGAGAGAUGAAGAAGUUGGAUAUGGUCUUCCUGAUUCCAGUCAUGCACAACUGUUUCUAUUCCAUCCAGUUGGGUGAGAUGACUCUCAGUGACUGUGCGACGCUCUGCCUGAGUACAGUUGUCCGGCAAGUGGCAUCCAUUGAAUGCUCAGAAGAGGAAUACAAGGAGGUGAUCUCACGGACUCUGCUCGACACCCUGAGGAACUGUCUGAAGUCAAAGGUCGAGAGUGUUCAGCAAGACUACACCACACUCCUUGGCUGUUUAAUCCGUACAUUUCCCCAGCGUUCCGAGUUCCGGGACCUGGUUCAGCUAACAGACCGCGAUCCAGAAACGGACUUCUUCGAGAAUAUGAAACACAUACAGAUCCACAGAAGGGCUCGAGCCUUGAGAAAACUUGCAAAGCACUUGGAUGAGGGGAAGCUGACGCUAUCUUCCAGAUCGCUGAUGAAUUAUAUCAUGCCUUAUGCUAUAUCAACACUGUUUAAUGAAAACAUGCUGAAGUAUGAGAACAUGACGUCAGCUUCUGUGGAGCUGGUGGGAGCCGCAUGCAAGCACUUGUCCUGGUCCUCGUACACCUAUCACCUGAAGCGUUACAUCCACGUUCUACAGACCGGAGAGAUCAAUCAGAAACUGGCAGUAAGUUUGCUGCUGUCGGUGCUUGACGCCUUUCACUUUGACCCAGAAAGCCUGAGGAAGGACUUCGAAGCAGUUCAGACCACAGAAAAUGAAAAUGUCGUGGCAGAAGGUGAGGAAAACGUGACUGAAUCCAUGGAACUGGAAGGUGCCAUUGAGGAAGAGAAGGAACAGGUCACUGAGGGUUUGGAUGAAGAAGACACAGUUGGUGCUGGGGUUGCUGGAGAAUGUGUUCCAGCGCAGGCAGUGAAGAAACCAGUCACCUUUCAGCCCAGGAGUAACCAGGAGCUGGAAGAUUUGAUCAAGCACAUUCAAGACACUGUCACUGAGAACUUUCUGCCCAAGCUGCAGAAAUGCCUAAUUGCAAAGGUGACCAGAGAUGACCAGCACAAGUUGGUGAAGUCAAAACUGGUGAAUGAUGAGGAAUUGGUGCGAAUUCCCGUAGCUUUUGCGAUGAUUAAACUGAUGCAGACUCUUCCCAAGGAGGUGAUGGAGCAAAAUUUACCCAGCAUCCUCAUUAAAGUCUGCAUGCUGUUACAAAACCGAGCCCAGGAGAUCAGAGACGUCGCUCGCAAUACCCUGACCAAGAUAAUCGAGACUCUGGGUCCGAGGUACCUUCUCUACCUUCUCAAGGAGAUGCAGUCAGCUCUAACGAAGGGCUUUCAGGUUCAUGUUUUGACCUACACAGUAUAUAUGGUGUUAAAGAGUCUCGAGCCUAGACUGAGCAGUGGUGAUUUGGACCCUUGCAUCGAUAACCUAAUCGCAAUUUUUAACCAGGAGUUGUUUGGUGACGUUGCUGAAGAAAAGGAGGUGAAAGGAAUCGUCAGCAAAGCAAUGGAAGCAAGGAAGAGCAAAAGCUACGAUUCCUAUGAGAUUGUGGCACAGUUUAUAGGAAAAGGACAGGUGGCGAAGCUGAUAUUUCCACUAAAAGAGAUAUUGGAGAGCACCACCAGUCUUAAGCAAGCUCGCAAGGUCCACGAAAUCUUUCGGCGGAUUGUGUCUGGCUUGUUACUGAAUGCCAGCCUGACAGCAGAUGCCAUCCUGCUGCUGAGCCACGGUCUGGUGACUGAGAGUUUACCACUAAUGUUGAAGAAGAUCAAGGAUAAGAAGCCAAGGCCGGACCAGUCCCGCAGCAGCCUGAAGCCGCAGAGUUGCCUGUUGCUGCUCCCCACCCCCUCACGACAGGGAGAGAAGCCGGCAGUCAGUGCCAAGACCAACAUGCACAUCCUGGUGGAUACUGGUCUGAGGUUGCUACAUUUGAGCUUGAAGAGAUCGAAGAUAAACUCUUCGGAAGAGCACAUGUUGGAAAUGAUCGAUCCGUUUGUGCAGGUGUUAAUGGACUGUCUUCAGUCCAUGCAUGUAAAGGUGAUCACAACUGCCUUGCAGUGUCUCACUUGGGUGUUGAAGUUCCCCGUGAUGUCGAUGGAGUAUCUGGCUGGACAGCUGACUCAGGACCUCUUUGUAUUGCUGAAGGACUAUGCCAAAGCUGGCGCUGGCAGAGGGGAGAACUUCCACCUGGUUGUAAACUGCUUCAAGACGAUAACCGUUCUGGUGAAAAACGUGACUCAGCACACACUGACAGACAAGCAACUGCAGGUGCUGCUGGGAUACGCCGAGGAAGACAUCUAUGACUCUUCGCGGCAGGCAACAGCGUUUGGGCUUUUGAAGGCGAUCCUGUCCAGGAGGCUGCUGGUUCCUGAGAUGGGUGAAGUGAUGCAGAAGGUGGCCAAGCUGGCUGUUACUGGGCAGAGUGAGCCUGUCCGCGUGCAGUGUCGUCAGGUUUAUAUGAAGUUUAUUCUAGAUUAUCCCCUGGGGAAGGAACUGAAGACUCACCUUGAUUUCAUUGUGGCACAGCUUUCGUAUGAACAUGAAAUGGGAAGAGAUUCUGCAUUGGAAAUGUUGGCUUAUAUAUUCCAGUCCUUUCCACAGGACCUACUACACCAGCACUGCGCCCUCUUCUUCAUCCCCAUCACGUUGAUGAUCGUAAACGACGACUCUCCAAAGUGCAAGAAGAUGGCAGCACUGGCGACCCAGUCCCUGUUGAGCAAGGUGGACAACGAGCACAAGGACUCGAUGUUCUCCCUGGUCCUGACAUGGUUCAAGAGCAAAAAGGUCUCCCACCGCCGGCUGGCUGCCCACACCUGUGGCCUCUUCGUUGAAACAGAAGGAAUUUUCUUUGAGAAACGUUUUGCGAAGAUUCUGCCAAUUCUUGAAGCUGAGAUAAACCCUGAAAGAUUUGAAAAUAUCCAGGAGGAGAGGGAAGAGAAGGCCACUGACCAUUUGCUCUUUAGCCUCCUGACGCUGGCGGUCAAAAUGGUUAAGGAGUGCAGCUUCGUGCUGCUGCAGAAACCAAAAAUGUUGCUCACCAACAUCUGGGGUCACUUUGAGGCUCACCUAUGGCACGCACACUCCUGGGUCUGGCUCACUGCAACCCAACUCUUCGGCAUGCUCUUCGCCGCUCUCCAGCCUGAAGACCUGAUAGCCAUGUGGAAGACAGGCAAAUCCCUAGUCACUGGGAAGAACAUAUUGCAGACACCAGCAGCAGAGUUCUUGUGGAAAGAGCUGGAUGUCAAGGUCAAGGAGUUGGCUUUGGCCUUCUGUCACCAGCUGCAGUCGAAGUUCCUCGAUCAGGUGAUGGGUGAUCAGGUUGUAAAGAACUUGUUAUUCGUGACAAAACUCAUCUACCUCUUGGGCCCAGUUGGUCAGGAUGCUGCAGAUGAGGAGAAGGAAAGUGAGGAAGAGCUUGGAGCAGAGGAGAUUGAGGAACCGAGGGCUGAACAUGGAACUGUUGACAGUGUUGGCAUGUCUGAAAACAAGAAAGCAGACCUGACAUGGCUGAUACGGAAACUCUGCAUCAUCGCCAAGAGAGAAGCAGCCAACAGCCCGAAGCAGCCUCUGAAGCGGACCUGCAUCUUUAAGUUCCUCGGGGCGAUCGCUAUGGAUCUGGGAGUGGAACGAGUGAAGCCUUUCCUGUCGAUGAUUAUCACACCACUUUAUAGGGAAUUAAACAGUACAUACGCCGAACAAGACCCGACAUUGAGGAACCUCUCCCAGGAGAUCAUUGAGAUGCUGAAGAGACUGGUUGGUUUGGAAAUCUUCUCCAUGAAUUUUGCUGCUGUGCAGAGACACAGCAGUCAGAAACGAGCUCAGAGGAAACGACAGAGAGCCAUGCAGACUGUCGCAAACCCGGAUAUCGCUGCGAGGAAGAAACUGAAAAGGCACAAAAACAAAAUUCAGGCAAGAAAGAGAAAGAUUGAACUCCUUCGACCCAAUUACAAGGCAAAGAAAGCCAGGAGUGGCAGCUUAAAAGACUUGGCAAUGGUGGAGUAAAGUGGACGGAGGGAAACUGGGUUUUUGCAAAUCAUUUCCAGACCAGGACUUUGUGAUAGAAACUGAAAUGUAGUUUCUAAUUUACUCUGUCACCUUCCAUGGUGUAUUUGUAACUGGGCUCCAGGAGUGUUUAACAUGAGGUACAGUUUAAUGUACAGUUUAUCCAGUAAAGUCUAUCAAUAAAGGUGUUUUACAGAAAAAUCUAGUUGUUAGAGAUGG